AUGGCUAGUAGGGGACUUCUCGACGAGCACAACAGUGACUCCGACGAUGAUGACUCGCUGAUCGGCCUGGAGAUUCUACAGGAAAAUCGGUACGAAGACUUUGCAACCAUAGAUUGGCUUAGGGACACAUCCGCUGAAAGAGUGCGACAGCGGCAUCUGCACAGCCAAGCGCAAAGCAGCGCCCUGGGGUGGAUCAGUAAGACGCUGGGCGACUCGUGGCAGGGCUGGCUGGUAGUGUGGCUAGUAGGUAUCUGUACGGGUAUUUUUGCCGCGGCCAUUGACAUUGUUACGGAUUGGAUCAGCGGACUUAAGCUGGGAGUGUGUACGAGUGCGUUUUGGCUCAACAACACACUAUGUUGCUGGACCUCUCGCGAAGAUAACUGCGAGACAUGGGUGUACUGGACUGGGGUGGUUGAUACUGACACCGACCCUAGCGAUGCCUCAGCGGGUGCUUUUAUCUUCGGAUAUUUAAUGUACGUUGCUCUGGGAGUGCUCUUUGCCUUCUACUCCGCUCUUUUGGUAAAGUCGUACGCACCGUACGCACGUGGCUCGGGAAUUCCGGAAGUGAAGACGAUACUCUCGGGGUUUAUCAUCAGAAGAUUUCUAGGCGGGAGUACGCUCGUCAUCAAAAGCCUGGGGUUGUGUCUAGCCGUAGGCUCUGGUCUCUCACUGGGAAAGGAGGGUCCCCUAGUACACGUGGCAUGUUGUAUAGGCAACAUAUUCUCCCGCCUGUUCUAUAAAUAUCGCACCAAUGAGGCUAAGAAACGUGAGAUUAUGAGUGCGGCUGCUGCUGCGGGUGUAGGGGUGGCCUUUGGGGCGCCUAUUGGGGGGGUCUUAUUCUCACUGGAGGAGGUCUCGUACUACUUUCCUCACAAAACCAUGUGGCGUUCCUUUUUCUGCGCACUCACGGCCGCGGGUACACUCAAGGUAUGGAAUAUACUUCACACUCACACCUCUACAGAACUUGGCGCAGAGUUUGUGUGUCCAUGUUCAGUUCUUAUCUUAUUUUACUACCUUCUUUAUAUUUUACUGUUAUCCUGCAAUUACCCAUCUUGCAAACCCACACAACCGCAUAUAGUCAGUAUAGUUUGCGUGGUAGCUCUGAUAACGCUGCUAUUCCGGUACCCUAGCGCGGUUCUUCGCAUGACCACGUCAGAACUCAUCCACACCCUAUUCGCCGAGUGCGGAUCCGGGCCACUCACAGACACCACUUCAUAUUUGUGUACGCUCGAAGCCUCGGGGCAUUUCAUGCAUACAUGCUUUGUGCUCAUGGCUGCCAGUGCAUUCACACUGUGUGUGACUGUGUUCACCUUUGGCAUGCCUGUGCCUGCAGGUAUCUUCAUACCCUCUAUGGCGGCUGGUGCGACUAUCGGGCGUGUGCUGGGAAUCGUGGUGAACCAGAUGGUUCAAAAUCGUACAGCAACCAGCUCGUUCUUUCUGGAUGUGUGCCAUGGAGAAACACAGUGUAUUACCCCAGGCAUCUACGCAGUGGUGGGCGCUGCGGCGGUGCUAGGUGGGGUCACACGCAUGACCGUAUCCUUAGUUGUCAUCAUGUUCGAGCUUACCGGGAGUGUGGACUUUAUCAUACCCAUUAUGCUGUCGUGUCUGACUUCAAAGUGGACGGCGGACUUAUUAGGGGGAAUUGAUGGUAUAUACGAUCAGCAUAUCCGCCUACGCAACUACCCGUUUCUCGAUGGCAAGGCCGACUACAAGCAUGACUAUACAGCUCAACAGUGCAUGCAGCCACAGCCCGGGGGAGAGGCACUCAGUGUGAUCACAUCACACAACAACACCAUAGAAUCCCUCGACGAUUUACUGGAGAAGACCUCGUUUGCCGGGUUUCCGCUGAUACAGUCCAAUGAGAGGCGUGUGGUGAUGGGUUAUAUUGCUCGGCGCGAGUUGAGGAGGGCUCUGGACCUGGCGCAGAGUAAGGGCAUUGAUAGCCACAUGCGGGUCAUGUUUAAGGCUACACCCGGAGUACCCACAACGCACUCGUUUGUAGACUUCCGCUCGUGCCUGGAUACAGGUCCCAUUCAAGUAGCUGGUAGCACGCCAAUGGAAAUCGUAGUGGAUAUGUUCCGCAAGAUUGGGAUACGCUAUACACUGGUUACGAUAGAGGGCAAUCUCGCAGGUAUCAUGACCAAGAAGGAUCUUCUAAAACACAUGGAAUCUGUAGAUACUUAACAGAUUUUCCAGUAAUAGUUAAAAUAUAGUAUAUCAUCUGCCGGGUCUGGAGGCGCUUGAAACUUCUUUUGGAUUGAGGAACAGACCUGGGGCAGAUGGCAGAUUAGAUAGUCGACACUACAGAUAGGUUCAAUCGUAUGAAAAUAAAAUAUGCAUAUACUCAC